CCGGUCACAGCUAGGGGAGCUCCUAGGAGUUUUCAUUUUUUUUUUUUUAUAUAUUAAAGUUUAGAGUUUGCUGAUUUACAGGGAGGUUGCUGGCAACAGCCUCCCUGCUUCGUGGGACUUAGGGGGGGAGUAGGAUGCAACUUAAUGGAGAGUUAAUGGUUCUCUACUCCGCUGACAGGACACUGAGCUCCUGAGGGUGAUGAUCGCAAGUCCACGAGGCGACCGCUCACUCCCGCAGCACGGCCGCCACCCCCUAACAGAGCCAGAAGAUAGAAGAGUGGUGAGCACAGCACCGGCGUGCCGGUGGUAAGCCAAAUACAGUGUUCUACCUGGGUGCCAUGAGUUACAAGGCUAGAAAAUGUGGUGUACGUUUCGAACCCCCAGCUAUAACUUUGUUGUAUGAGACGACAGAUGGAAAAAAACGGACACGCAUUAUGCCCAUCAGGAACUUCUCCAAAUUCUCAGAUUACACCCGGGCAGCAGAGCAGCUUAAGAAUAACCCCCGUCAUAAGCAAUACCUGGAGCAUGUAUCCCUGAAGCAGCUGGAAAGACUCUAUAAUCUACUUAGGGGACAUCUAAAGGGCGAGAGCCUAAAGGCUAGCCUGGAUCGCAUUCAGAGGGAAAACACUGUGAAUCCUGAUGAAGACCUGAAUAAACUGGAUGACAAGGAACUGGCUAAGAGGAAGAGCAUAAUGGAUGAACUUUUUGAGAAGAACAGGAAGAAGAAAGAUGACCCAGACUUUGAGUACAACGUGGAGGUGGAUUUUGCACAAGAAGGGGCGGCCAGCUGUGGCUGGGAUGAGGACUCUGAGGAUGGUUUCUGACUACAGACCAUCAAUGCUCAUGGAAAGACAUACAGAGACGAAUAAGACAUUUUGUAUUCUUGGAAUAACAGUCAUAAUGUGGGCAUUGGGAAUUAUUUAUAUGGUUUAUUUAAGUAGCACAAACUGUGCCACUGUUGUGCAAUGCUACAAGCACAAAGAGUGGUUUGAUACUGAGUAUAUAGACAAUUAAGCAGGGACAUCUCUGUCACAGUAUCUCCCGGCUCUGGGGAAAGGCAGUGAGCAGCCUACAUUCUGUCUGCAUAGUCAUUAUCUUGUCAGGUUUCACGGUAUUCAUCUGUAUUUUUUUAGAACAAUUAUAUUAAAAAAAAGAUGUGUAAGUUAUUGAUAUUCUUCGUAGUGCCACCAUGGGGUAAAUUUACUAAGAUGGGAGUUCUAUUUAAAAUGGGAUGUUGCCCCUAGCAAUCAAUCACAUUCCAGGUAUUAUCUUCUAGAAGGUGCUAGAUUAAUUAAGUAGAAUCUGAUUGGUUGCUAUGGGCAACAACCCAUCUUAAAUAGAACUCCCAUCUUAGUAAAUUUACCCCCAUGUUACUCAAUGCUGUACGGAUAAGAAUCGUCAUUCAUUGAUUUUUAACACUUAGAACACAUACUGAAAAGCAAACCAGGAACUUGUGUCACAAUGAAGUAAUGUGUGGCUUUUACUUCUUCUUUAGGAGACCCGUAGCAUAAAAGAGUAAGUACCAACUAAGCAGAAAUGUUGCACAGGAAUAUGUAUGCUGUCAGGUCUUUAUACUGUACUAAGCUCAGCACCAAUAGAAGUUAAUAAACAAGAUGACCUUA